CAAAUUGACAAAUAAUAACUAAAACGAACGAGAACUUAUGAGAAUUUUAUUCUUUACGAAUAUUCACGAUGUCUUACAAAUAUGCGAAUGUAAUAUCCAUCGUGUCGUUGAUAUAUAUAUAUGUCACGUAGUAGCGUAAACAUCGAAUUUUUUUCUUUGCUCUCAUUAUUUCGACAUACAUCUUGCAACGUCCGUAUUAUUUGAUAUUUACAGAUGUUAAUGAUGAAUGUUAUGAUUUUUUCAAAAUAUUUUUAACGAGUAACGUAAGAGAUGUCAAGGAUUCAGGAAAUUGGUGGAAGGAAGUUAGCAAAGAAAAGGAAGUCCUAAUUUUAUAAUCAAAUAUUUCACAUUUGUUUAAAUUUGUUAAAAUUCAACAUAUUGUUGAUUCUUUGCUUUUUCCGUACAAUACGGAAGUAAAAAUUUCAGGAAGUUAUAAUCGAUGUAGAUAAAAAAGAGGGGCUUCUAGAACAUUAUUCACUUGUUUUAGUUAUUAUUACUUCUUCAUCUAUCUUCUUCUUUAAUUUUAAUUAUACAAUAUUAUUAACGAUGAAAAAAAUACAAUUUUUAUAAUUAGUUAAAUCCAAAAUCGGUUUAAUUCCGGUAUGAAAGAACAAAUGGACAACAAACAUUUCUUAAAAAUGAAUAAUUUCACAAUGUCAGCAUUGUUGUCAAUCACCGAAGUAUAUAAAUGGCAUAACCCUGAAUAUCUCUCAGUUCAUUAUCACGGUUCGAUCGAAAAGGAAGAGAAAGAGAGAGAAAGAGAGAGAAAGAGAGAGAUAGUCCUGAAGAAUUAGUAAUAAGAUUAAAUAAUUAUGUUAUUCAAAUUUACGGUGGCGCUUUCAAUCUUCAUCGUCUUUGCCACCGCAAACGAUGUGGAACAAUAUGAUAAUCAUAACGUCCAGUGGGUUGGUGGAUCAUUUGAGUGGCCUUGUACAACUACGAAGAGUAUGUUCAAGAACAGUGGUCGCUACAUCUCAAAAAACGUGAUCGCAACGAGAGCUGCAAUUUUCAUGGAUGAUGCUUAUUUGGCUCUACCAAGAUAUAAGCCUGGUGUUCCAGCAACUUUGGCUAGAGUCUCUCUCAAUGAUAGAAACUGUCAAGCGAAUCUUUAUGCUUUUCCAUGUUGGUCUGUUCAAGAGGAAGGUUCAUUGAAAUCAUUGCAAAAUGUCGUAGAUCUUUUCUUAGAUCCUCAAGAUAUUCUCUGGGUCUUGGAUACGGGAGUAAUCCAUACGUUGGAGGAAUCUGUACGUAUAUCUCCGCCAAAAGUUGUUGCAUUCAACGUGAAAACAGGCAAGCUCGUGAAGACGAUUGAACUUGACGGUCUAACUACAUCUUCUUCUCGACUUCAAUACGUCGUUGCUGAUUACAGUCCAGAUGGACGUGUUCUUAUCUACGUGUCGGAUGCUGCAACGAGAGCAAUCUUGGUUUACGAUGUUACGUCUGGUCGUGGAUAUAGAUUCGUACUACCCAAAACUGUAACUACAGGCUCUGCUCGAAGAGAUGUAUUAUACUUGGCUCUUAUCCGUCAUUCCGACGGUAGUACCUGCCUCCUGUUUACUUAUUUAUCAGGCAGCCGUAUGUUCUCCAUCAAGACGGAAUAUCUUCGUAACGGUUCAGCGAACGACAAAAUUCAAGAUCUUGGACUUAAGCCUAAACGGUUAGUAAUUCUAGGCACGGACAAUGGCAAUGCUUUAUUCUUCAGAUACGAAGGCGAACCUAUCGUUCAAAGAUGGGACACGACUACUGCUUUCCAACCUGAGAAUUUCCAAAAGGUUUACAGCAGUACCGCUUGUUCUCUGGCAACUCAAGUUAUUCCUGAUUAUAAAAGAGGUAGUAUGCGUGUAUUGGAAUCUAACUUCCCAGAUUACAUACAAGGUACCGUUGGAUGCGGAGCCGAUCAAGCUCUUAAUAUUAUGUAAAAUAUAUUUUAAAACAAGACAAAAAAGAAAAACGAAAAAAAAAUAAAAUACGACUAUAAGAUUGAAUCGUACUGAUUUUAUAUGAUAACACCCGAGAUCCGCUUAACUAUUAGAUUUGAUCUAUUAUUUAUUGAUACAUAAAGGAAUAAAGCUUUACAUCCGAAUGCUCACACGUACUUACUUUAGUUGGGAUUAAUCAUGAUCUACGCAAACGAUUUAGAAAUGCAGUGAACUUUCUCUGUUGUUAAAGCCACUCCUAAGAAGUAAAGGUGCAUUCACACGAGAAAUAUUAUACUUUUGAAUUUCUAGCAAUGACAUUAGAUACGUUGUUAGAUAUAUUUAAAAUUCUAUUAGAUAUAUAACAUUUCAUAAGAAUAAGUAAAAGUUAACUUUCGAAGAUAUCGUAUGAGAAAAAAUGUGAUUUUAUAAUCAUCGAAUUUCCAAUAGAAAGUGUCAAAUAAAUGACAACUUUAUUAGAGUAUAUUACUUUCGCUGAAAACUGAUACUCGUAACAAAGUUUAGUUCUUGAAAAUAAUCCGACUUGAUAUAAAAAAGUACGCACUAGUAUUCAGUUACUAAGUCAAAGUUAAUUACAUUUAGAGUGUAUACGCAAUGUCAACCAGUCGUUGGUGUCUAGUAAAUUCAAGAGAAUAUAUUAGUGCGUACGUAUUUGGUUGUGGCAGCUAGAAGAACACAGGCGACUCAUUAAUAGUCGUAACUAUUGAAUUAAAUUCACGUAUUUGGAGUAAAAAAAAUUUUCUUGAAAACCAGACACUGACUAAUAUAGCUUCGAAGGGGCCCAAGGGACUGUCUCUCCAUCCCUCCUGUAUGUAAAUUAGCCAUUAAAACUAAAUAUUACGAUAUUGACAAAUUCCAGUCGCCAAGUUUGACCAUCGAAUUGGAUUGCCUGAUUUUUUCGUCUUACAUCAAUCUUGUAUAAGACGAACACAGUGCGCACGUAGCCUUACUGCUUGAAAUAUCAAUUUUUCAAUCGUUUCUAUGAAUGAAUUUAUAGGAUAAUAAUAGA